AUGGCUGCUGCUGAAGUGGCCGCCGAUUUCGAGGAGUCGCUGAAAGACUUGCAAAUCAACAAUCGCUAUGAGAUUAGCAAUCUCACCAUUAUUGCAAAGGAAAACACGGAGCACGCGCAGGCCAUCUCGCGAGCUCUAGAAAACCAUAUCAAGACGACAUCGCCGAACCGCAAGCUGCCAGCACUAUUCGUACUGGACAGCAUAGUGAAGAAUGUCGGCACACCAUACACGGUCUAUCUGGGCCGCAGCCUCUUCAGCACGUUCAUGGACGCCUACACACUGGUUGACAGCAACACCAGACGGAACAUGGAGGGUAUGCUGAAGACCUGGAAGGAGCGAGUUCCCGGAUCUAUCGAUCCCCGGCCCGUAUUUCCCGUUGAGACCGUGCGACCAAUUGAGACCGCCUUGUUGAAGGCGAAGACAGCUGCGAUUCAGCAUCAGAGGCAUGCGCAGCCGCAGGGCGCUUUUCGCGGAACUGCCACUCCGCCACAGCACAAUGGCCAAUUUGCGYCUCCACCAAAUCAAUUUGCUCAGCAGCCAUUCCCAGUGCCUGGGCAUCAGCAGCCAACGCCACUGCAACAUCACAAUCCAUACGGCCCUCCUCCACAGCCUUCCUUCCACGAAAUCGCUGCCGUCAAACGUGAAAUUGAGCUUUUGAUCCAGUCUUUCCAGCAUCAGAGUGGCCAGAAUCCACACGAUGCUCGCUUACGGCAACAACUUGUGGCACUCAAUGCGCUGCAUGAMUUCCUCACCAAUAAGACUGUGAGUAUGAACGACUUCCAUGGCAUCAAAGCUCAGGUAUCAAGCAUGUCUGCCGCCGUGCCUCCACCACAGCAACAUACUCCCCAGCCUCCAAUGCCCGUUCCGUCGUGGCAAGCUCCGACGCAGUACCCACAGCAUUUCCAACCGCCGCAACCCACGUAUCCAACUCCCCAAACGUUCACACCACAGCCAUUCGCGCCUCCCGCACAUGUCCCGAACCCGCUGGAUGGUCUUCAAGCUUUGCUGGCAAACGCGCAGAAGCCGAGCACACCGCAGCUACGAACUGCCAUGCCUGCUUUCCGUGAUGCGAGUCACACCCAGCUGAAUGCAAUACAAGAUCAUGCCGCAGCUCCCAAUGUAAACGGCGCCGCGGAUCUAAUUUCAUCUUUGACGAAAGCUGGCCUCAUAAAUUUGGGGCAGAACUCCACUCCGCUGCCCCUGAGUGUGCCUCCGCCUUCCAUGGCCGCUCCAAUUGACCCGACAGCUUCCCUGCUGAAGUCUCUUCAAAGCGUCAUGCCACCCCAGUCUCAUUCGGGGACGCCCUCACAUGCACACAGUUUGUCGACGUCUUCGGCUGUCCACGUUUCUAUCUCGGCCGCAUCUCUCAAGACCUUCAGACCUGAACUUAUACACGCCAUCUACGAUGGUCGGCCAAAUCAGUGCAGCACAUGUGGUCGACGUUUCCUUGCUACGGACGAGGGCAGGGAGAAGAAAAGCCGCCAUCUGGACUGGCAUUUCCGGACGAAUCAGCGCAUCGCAGAUCCCAACUUGAACCGCGGUCACCACCGCAACUGGUACCUGGACGAGAUGGACUGGAUCGUGCACACUGACAUCGAUCCAUCUACUACAACCGUCACAACCGGUGAUGCCGAGGCGGCAGCGGUGAAGGCAAAGAAAGGGCCGCAAGAUCAGGCCGUGCGUGCGCCUGCCGGCAUGACCAAGAAUACGUGCAACAUUUGCUUCGAGGAGAUGAAGAGCAGUUAUUCGGAAGAUCUCCAAGACUGGAUCUUUGCAAAUGCAACUGUACACCUUGGUAAAAUUGUGCACGCGACGUGUUUGGGGGAGAUGACGAAGUCUCAGAACACCCUCGGUGGAGGAGGCUCUCUCGCGGCGACAUUGUCAGGCCUAGUUAGCAGAGAACGUAGUGCCACUCCAGACUCGUUGAAGCGAAAGGCCGAGUAUUCAUUGAACGGUGGUGCUACGCGAUUGAGAACGGAAUGA